GACGACAGAUGCAGCUCGGAAUGGCUCACGCUGGGGCGCUUCCUCAGGAGCAGGCCCUUCCUCGACAAGCAGACGCACGUGCUGAAUCAGUACGUCAAGGCGGCCAGAGCGCUGAUCGCAGCAGGCGACCAGCCCGGCGCCGAGAACGUGCUCUUCACCCUCGACAUGGAGAUCAAGUCAGAGGAGCACACGAUCGCCGCGGCGUUCCAGAAGUUUGAUCACAGCGGGGACGGCGUUCUGCAGGGAGACGAGAUCACGUUCAUGCUGGACUACUUGGGCUUUCCAAGCGCCGAGAAGGAUGUCAAGGCCCUGCUCAGUGUGGUGGACACCGACAACGACAAGUCUGUGUCGUACGACGAGUUCAUCGUCUACGUUGGCUCCCUCGGCGGCAGCUAUCAACUUUUUGAGCUGCGCAAGGCCCAGAUAGGGGCCAGGGACAAGGGCACUGCCAAGCGCAAGGUCGACGACGUCACACUGCAGGUGGGGCUGGCCGCGAUCGGCAUCUCGGACCACAACCUGGCCUACUGGCGGCUCACGGCCAACCCCUCGGAGCUCGCGGAGGCGGCGGAGCUGAAGGCGAGCCAGCGGCAGGCGGUGAAGCACAUCCGGAACCUGGCGCGCGAGAGCCACACGCAGGCCCUCCCCAGGCUGCGGGACCGGGUGCUCCGCCUGGGCUUCGCGGAGGUCGAUCUCCACAUGGCCCUGGCCUGGGUCCGCGAGCUGGCUCCCGUGAUCGUCCACGUCUGA